GUACGCAUGUUUCCAUGACAACAGCUUGAAGUGGUCUGUCAGUAUGAUCACAUCACUUUAAUAAACUUUAGCUAAAUACAAACACAUUGAGUUUCACAAAACCUAAAUAUUAAAUCUAAUUAAAAAAACAGAAGAUAAACAGAAAUUGCUAAACUUAAAAAAUUGUAUUAAUAAAAUUAAUUUAAUUUUAAUUUAAAAUACCAUGGGGAAAAAAGUGAUCCAGACGACUGGUGGUGAUAGAAAUAAAUCUGGUCAGCGUUACUCUAAAAAGCCGAGGAGUAAAUGCGUCUAUGAUAUGCCAUGCAAUGUUUGCGGGGACAAAGCCAGAUCACAUAAUUACGGAGGGAUUUCAUGUAAUUGUUGCAGGUCUUUCUUCCAGCACUUUAUUCUACACAGUGCAAAGAACUAUGAGAACAUGAGUUUAAUUAAGAAUUGCAAAUUUGAAGGAAAUUGCAUAAUUGACAAAGCCUCCAGAAAAAAGUGCAAGACUUGUAGAUUUCUUAAAUGUGUCCAAAUUGGAAUGGAUCCAAAAUGGGUGUUAUCAGAUCAUGAAAGGAGUCAGAAACUUAAACAAGGACAAAAUAAUAAUAACGCUACUAUAAAGCCAACUGCUUCCUCAGUCUGUAAAAUGACAGACGAAGAAUUCAAAAUAAUUACAAAUCUUACAAAAUACUUUAAAAAAGCCUGCGAACAAAUCCCGUAUAAUUUUCCGUCCAGAGAAAAGGACGAAGUCUUAUCGUCUACAAAGUUACAACUUUUGCUGAUUGGUGCCAUGUCAAUCGCAAUUCGGAGGUUCGUCUGCUUUGCGAGUAUGAUUCCAGAAUUUAAGGAACUUUCACUACACGAUAGAACCAAUUUAUUGAGACGAUCGGUCGUUGAAAUGAUAAUUCUUCGCGAUGUGGUCACCUAUGAUUUCGAUAAACGAACGUGGAAUUAUACAGAUCACGAGUCUGAAAAAUAUCCAGAAGUUUGUUUGGACGAAUUGACAAGCAUCUGGACAGAAGAGCUGAUAGAAAUGUGUAACGAAAUUUAUGCCAGAAUUGCACGCCACUCUCCGGACGAGUCGAGUGUCAUGUUAUUAAUUGCCGUGGUUUUAUUCUCCGAUUUCGGAGGAGGUGAAGCAUGCACGGAGUAUGAAGAUUAUUCCACAAUAAAUGCCGCCCAAGAACAUUAUACCGCAUUACUGGAAAAAUACUUAAAAUUUUUACACGGUGAGACCAAAGGACGCCAAGUAUUUCCCAGGCUCCUCUGCCAAUUAAUGGACGUUACCCAGGCCAGUCACCUCCACCAAGGCGUCCCCCUCGACUUGACGGACAGCCAAGUGGAUAAGAUGCACCUGCAUUUGCUAAAACUGCAGAAGGUGGCGAAUCCUGCAUCAGUUGUGCCUGACAAUAUUACGCAGCCCACACCACGAGAGGACGUUAACGGAGAAAAGGACUGCUGCAGGAAACGAGCAAUGUUUGAAAAACUAAAGACUUCAAAUUUUCCACCGACCGAAAAUCCCGGUUUACCCGCAUUGAUUCAUAACUUUGUCCGUAAUCCUGGCGAAUAUGGGAUUAAGCCGUAUUACUUUGAAAGGGGUCCCCACACGGGCGUGGAAAAAGCCUUCAUGCGACGGAUGCCAACAUUAGUGACUAAUCCGUUAGAUUCCCUGGUCGCGGAUGUGUCGAGGUUGUCGAUUUCUGCGGACUCUGGUCGAAAGCGGAUGAGUUUGUGAUGAUAGGUGAAUAAGUAUUGAUGGUGUGAAUUGUCACUAGAGCCUGCAUACUAAAUACAACUAUAUAUGUAAAUUCUUUGAGAUAUUCUAUAUUACUUAAUACUAAAAAGUGUUUAAUUUAUAUGCAAAACUUUAUUUUUAUGCGUCUUCGAAAUAAAUGAGUAAAGUAUCGUAAUUUUUUAUGCAAAAUGCGUUAUGCAAAGUAAAGUGACAGAAGACCUUCAAGACAAGACAAUUAUUAUUUACAAUUCCAUCUCUUUCAACUAAUUAUGUAGGUCAAAAUGCAUGAAAUAGAUUUAUUUAAUUAAAUAACCCAAAAAGAUUAAUAAAGUCAAAGCGUGCAUACAUACAUAAAUAUGUUAUGUACAUACAGC